AUGUCCGAUACGAAUAUGCAGCUCGAUAGGGACCCUGCCAUGUCCAGAAAAGGGAGAGGAUUCGGCGGAGGCGAUGGCGAUAGAGAUGCAAAAAGAGAUGGCGACUACGAGCGUGUAGAGGAUCAAAUGGCUUUCGAUAGCAAAGCUGCAAAAUCCGUUGAGGGAUGGGUAAUUCUCGUCACGAAUAUCCACGAAGAGGCUUCGGAGGAGGAUGUACAGGAUAAAUUCGCAGACUUCGGCCAUAUUCGUAACUUACACCUCAAUUUGGAUAGAAGGUCGGGGUACGUGAAGGGAUACGCUCUGCUCGAAUUCGAGUCGUACGAAGACGCAAAGAAGGCAGUCGAUCACGCUAGCGGCACUGAACUGCUCGAGAAGGUUGUCCAUGCUGAUUUUGCCUUCUCAGUUCCCCCACCUGGAUUCCAAGAUGGGGCAGCUAAGCAGAAGCAGAAGCAGAAUCACGACAGAAGACGCAGUGGAUCGCCAUCUAGCAAGUAG